CCUCUCUCCGUGACAGCAACGGAGGCGGCGGCGGAGGAAGCGGGAGAAGGAAGGAGUUAGAACUGGUCAUACUGGGUUGGGGGGUGUGCUGAGGUGGCCGCCAUGGCAUAGCCGAGUCGGGGUCGCUGCCAGUCAACCACGCCCCGCAGCGGGGCUGCCCUUUUUCUUCAGGUUGAGGCAAACAAACUAGAUUAUAUUCAUAACAAUGGAGUCCAUGCUAAACAAAUUGAAGAGUACUGUUACAAAAGUGACUGCAGAUGUCACUAGUGCAGUCAUGGGAAAUCCAGUUACCAGGGAAUUUGAUGUUGGUCGGCAUAUUGCUAGUGGUGGCAACGGGCUUGCUUGGAAGAUUUUUAAUGGCACUAAAAAGUCCACAAAACAGGAAGUGGCAGUUUUUGUUUUUGAUAAAAAGCUUAUGGACAAAUAUCAAAAAUUUGAAAAGGAUCAAAUUGUUGAUUCUUUAAAACGAGGGGUUCAGCAACUAACAAGGCUUCGACAUCCUCGGCUGCUAACUGUGCAACAUCCAUUAGAGGAAUCCCGAGAUUGUUUGGCAUUUUGUACAGAACCUGUUUGUGCAAGUUUGGCUAAUAUACUUGGAAAUUGGGACAAUCUUCCCUCUCCUUUACCAUCUGAUAUCAAAGAAUAUAAACUUUAUGAUGUGGAAAUGAAAUAUGGCUUGCUGCAGGUUUCUGAAGGCUUAUCAUUUUUACAUAGCAGUGUAAAAAUGGUCCAUGGCAACCUUACUCCUGAAAACAUUAUUUUGAAUAAAACUGGAGCAUGGAAAAUUAUGGGAUUUGAUUUCUGCAUUCAGUCUAUAAACCCAUCUGAGCAAGAGCCAAAAUUCUCUUGUAAAGAAUGGGAUCCAAACUUACCAUCUUUGUGUCUCCCAAAUCCUGAAUAUUUGGCACCAGAAUAUAUCCUUUCAGUGAGUUGUGAAACAGCGAGUGACAUGUACUCUCUAGGGGCAAUUAUGUAUGCUGUGUUUAAUAAUGGAAAGCCUAUCUUUGAGGUCAACAAGCAAGAUAUAUAUAAAAGUUUCAGCAGACAACUGGAUCAGCUUAGCCGUUUGGGCCCCAAUAAUCUUCAAAACAUCCCAGAAGAAGUCCGUGAGCAUGUGAAACUGCUUUUAAAUGUAGCUCCCGCAGUCAGGCCCGAUGCAGACCAAAUGACUAAAAUACCAUUCUUUGAUGAUGUUGGGGCCAUGACGCUACAGUACUUCGAUUCAUUAUUCCAAAGAGAUAAUCUUCAGAAGUCACAAUUUUUUAAAGGGCUGCCAAAAGUUUUACCAAAAUUACCUAAGCGUGUGAUAGUGCAGAGGAUUUUACCUUCUUUGACAGCUGAGUUUGUAAACCCAGAUAUGGUACCAUUUGUACUGCCUAACGUUCUGCUCAUUGCAGAGGAAUGUACCAAAGAAGAGUACAUAAAGCUAAUUCUACCUGAUCUCAGCCCUGUCUUUAAACAGCAGGAACCAAUCCAGAUUCUGUUGAUAUUUCUUCAAAAAAUGGACUUGCUGCUAACCAAAACACCUCCAGAUGAAAUAAAAAACAGUGUUCUCCCAAUGGUUUAUAGAGCAUUAGAAGCACCAUCAAUUCAGAUACAGGAACUCUGCUUAAAUAUAAUUCCUACAUUCGCCAACCUUAUAGACUAUCCAUCUAUGAAAAAUUCCCUGAUACCAAGAAUUAAAAAUGCAUGUUUACAAACAUCAUCUCUUGCUGUACGUGUAAAUUCCUUAGUCUGUUUGGGAAAGAUUUUGGAAUACUUGGAUAAAUGGUUCGUUCUUGAUGAUAUUCUGCCUUUUUUGCAACAAAUUCCUUCCAAGGAGCCUGCAGUCCUUAUGGGAAUUCUAGGUAUCUACAAAUGCACAUUUAGUCACAAGAAACUGGGAAUUACAAAAGAGCAACUUGCUGGAAAGGUUCUGCCCCAUCUGAUUCCUCUCAGCAUUGAGAACAAUCUUAACCUAAAUCAGUUUAAUUCCUUCAUUUCAGUCAUAAAAGAGAUGUUAAGCAGACUGGAAGCUGAACACAAGACCAAACUUGAACAAAUCCAUAUUAUGCAAGAACAACAAAAGACUUUGGAUAUUACUAAUCCAAUAAGCAUACCUGAAGAAACAAAAGGCAGUAGUACAGGAAGUCAGAUUGACAAAGUGUUUAGCAGUCUAGGAACUGAUAUCUUAACAAGUGGAUCCAACUGUAAAGAGAAUGGACUCCUGACAAAUCAGAAGAAGGGAUCGCUUACACUAGAAGAGAAGCAAAGGUUAGCAAAAGAACAAGAACAGGCACAGAAACUGAAGAGUCAGCAGCCACUUAAGCCAAAGCCUCAUGCAGUCAGUGUUCCAGUCAAACAGACAAAGGACUUGACUGAUACUUUGAGAGAUAACAUGGCAUCAUUGACCAACCAAUCUAUCAACAAACCUAAAGUUCCUUCUUCAAGUAGCUUUUCUUCAGUGGAUAUUGGAUUAGGGUUUUCAUCACCUGUUGAAAGCACUAAGAGAAAUGGACUAAAUGCUAAUAUGGGAUUUCAGCCUUCUGGAUUUGGCAUGGGGAUUGGUACCACAAGCCAGAAUUUCUUCGGUAAUUCUAGUGUCCCUGGAAUGGCCAACAUGAGUAUGUUGCCAGCAGCAUCUAUGCCACCGUAUAAUCCUAUGAGCACUACAACUGCAGUUUCACAGCCUGCACAGCAAAGCAGGCCACCAGAUAUGUCUGCCUUAGAUAGUCUGUUUGGGCCUCAAAAACCCAAAGUUAGUAUGAAUCAAAUGUCACAACAAAAAACAAACCAGUGGCUUAAUCAGUUUGUACCUCCUCAAGGUGCCAACAGUUCUGCUUCAGGAGCACAGAUGAAUGUAAUGGGACAACCCAGCUUUGGCAUGCAGGGAAAUCCUUUCUUUAGUCCUCAAAACUUUACACAAACAACAAGCAACAUAACAAGCAGCAGCUCGGCUAGCAAUGACUUAAAAGACCUCUUUGGGUAAUCUUUUUAAUUGUGAGCAAACUGAUUUAAUAUCUCUAUUUCUGGUAAAAAGUCGAAUUGAGGCAACUUCAUCUAGCAAAACUGGGCAAGACAAAAACUGUUUCCAGGAUGAUGUAGUAAUACCUGUCCAUUUGCCUGUCCAUUUAAUUUCCUUAGGCACUGAGUGGUCCUAGUCCCCUAAUUUUACUGUUUUGAGGUCAGGUUGUAUCAAUCUGGAAGCCCGAAGUUAUGGAAAACUGGAAAUUACAUACUUCCUCCCCCCUCACUGCUGCGUACAUCUACAAAUAAAUAACUUGCAAAUAAACAUGAGCAGAUAGAUUGUAAUUGCUGAUCUUCUGUUGGAGCUACCGAAUACACAAGUCUUCAAGCUUUGCUAAAACCUUGUCUCUUGUUGAUUUUGAAUUGUCUGAAUUGGUACAAUAUUGAAUUAUAAAUACAUCUUGGUAUGGGAUGGCUUAUAGUUGGAUGCAUGUAUUAGUAUGGAACUUCUAAGAGAUGAAAUAAUUUUAAUGAAAUGACAAGUGCACAGUGGUUCACCUUGUAAGCAGUAGCCUCCCAUAAAGCAAAUAAGUUAUGUGGGAAAGGACUGGUAUUCAAGGGAUAGGGAUGAGUGCUUUCUUAUGAAAAAUACUGCUAAGAUGGCCAUUCUGCAUAGCUUGCCUAUUUCUAAUGCCAAAAUGUCAAUCAGUACAAUUAAAGCAACACCAUUGGUAAGGUGAUACUGAAGAUUUGUCUAAAAAUAAAGUAACUUAAAUCAUGCCUAUGUUUAUAGUAGACAUCUAUUUGCUAAAAUAAUACAAGGGCAAAUUAAUGAAAAGAAAUGUAUUUCAGAUAAUCCUAGAAGCAAAAUGGAUCACUUUUAGAAUUUAGGAAGUACACUUAUUAAAGUAAAGUUUUGGUUUACUAAUAUGCAAAGAGCUGGAACUACUACUUAAAACUUCUGGCUACUUCUGAGACAAAAGUAUGACUUUGCUACCCCUCUGAUAUACAUAGUUGUUAUAGAUUGAGAUUUGAUAGCAGUUGAUAAAUGUCAGUAGAGCAGUUAUAAAGCAAGAAAACUGAACAAUCUGCUAAGUCAGCCUGUUUAAUCUAGGCCUUCUGAAAGACUUUUAAGCUUUUCUAAGAUAGGGUUUGGUAUGAACAACCACUUUACAUCUCCCUUGUGGUAGUGUUCCAAAUUUAGAAGUUUCCCCUGAACAAGAAGCAGCAAUGUGUUCUGCUUAAUAUGAGAGAACUAUUCAACUUUGUGUAUCAUUAUCUUGUCAGCUAUUUCUACUGGGCGUUAAAUUCUUAUGCAUUUUGGGACCUUUCUUAUAUAAUGCUUUGGACAAUUGCUGGCUAUUUUGAGAAAGAAAGAAUUGGUUACUUUUUUAAUAGUAUGCCUACACACUUUAUUUUUCAAAGCCUUUCAUUGAUUAAAUUGUUUCCGUUUGCUGCUUAAGAUACCAAAGGGCCUUAUGCUGUAAAUGUGAGUUGUAUUUUGUUACAUUAUAUUUCCAAUUUUUAGCAGUAAUGCUGUUAAUUGUAACUUAAGAAAUUUGUAUUAUAGCUGCUGCCUUAGUAAUUUUUAUUUUGUAUCUUUGGGACCAGUGAUAGUGUGUUUAAAAACAAACACUUGUGUUAUUUAUGUACUGUUGAUACUCUCACUGAACUAUGUUUAAUUAGCUACGUAGCAUUGUAAAAUUAUGACUAUUAAAUGUGUUAGGUGUACAUAUAGCUUCUUGUAUGGUCUCCAGGUUUCUUAAUCUCACAUUUCACAUGAAUGUUUUAAAGCAAUUUCCCCAACUGAACAAAAAAAAAUGCAGUAUGAAAGGCAGAAUUUUCCUAACAAGCAUCUAUAAUACAAACUGGACUACAAAUGAUUUAUUAUAAUAUCUCAUUCUCACAAAUUAAGUAAAAUUAUCACUGAAAGUUACUAACUCUUUUGAUAAUGAUUUGUAGACUUUUAGGUUUUUUUUAAGCCUGUCAAAUACAGAGACAGAACAGUUUUCUUUAGAAUCACCUUUGUCAAUACAAAUAACAUACUUCACUGCUACAUCAUCAGAGAAUAACCUUACAGAGCUUUGAUCCUAACUGAAAUAAUGACAGCCUAUAAAGAUUUACAAAUGAUUGUGAUAGCUUACAGUGAGCCAAGUUAAGACUAUAAGCAGAAAAUAUAAUCUAUGAAUUAUUAUUACAUCAAAUUUAUAUAUGGCCUUUUUCUCUUGUUUUGGAGCCCAAGGCAACUUACACAGUCCUCUGCUCCAUGUAUCCUUACAACCAUCUGUAAUGGGAAAAUGUCUUGUAUGGUCAGCAGCAUAAAGUGUGUGAAGAACUUUGGUAUGUGGUUAUAUCUAAUUUUUAUGUCUUUGCUGCUUAUAACUCCAUAGUGCCAAGUUUCAGAAGAUACCAGUGAAGAAGAAAUUUAUUUGUUAAAUGUAAUAUGUGAACUAUUCUCUGCUUCCUAAAAUUGAUUCCUCCCAAAAAAGUAAAACUUCCUGAUUUUUAAUUGUGUAAAUGUAUGGCAUAAGAAAGUGCAAAGUUCAAACUGCUGGCAGAAAUAUUUGUCCAGCUCUCCAGCUUACAUAAAGUUGCCAAGCAUAUAGGUCAACUUAUAUUAAAACUGUAUUAGACUUGUUGGGAGUGGAUAUCUGUUAAGCUUAUGAAAAUUUAUCUGAUUUAAUCUACAGAGCUGCUUUUCUAGCAGAUGACUUUUUCAUUUACAGUGGGCCAAGCAAAUGAACUGCUAUGGGCUCAAUGGCAUGCAUGGAAUAUGUUAUUAGAGACACUUUUUCAUAAUGACUGGAAAUUUUCACUGAUAUAUCAAGUGAAAUACAUACUGAUACAUACUUCUUUAGAAGUCUUGACAGGUGUUGCUAGAGUGAUUGUUGACAAGACCAUCUUAAUGUGAAGGAAGUUGAAAAGCUCAGUGUAAAUGCUUGACAAUAAAUACAUUCCCAGUUUAGUGUACAAUGUAUGAAGUAUGGUUUUAAAUAGUGAAAGUAAGCUAUAAUUCUCUCCUAUAUUUGGCUUCCUGAAUUUUUUUGAAUACAAAAACUAUUACGCAAUUUGAAAAAGUAGAGGAAGGUUUUUAUAAGAUUAUCUGCCACUUUCCCUCUGCAUUUAGCUAUUUACUCUAUAUGACUUGAAAUUUAACCAAAGUGUUAAAUCGAGUCCCUAAUUCUAAGGAAGAACAUGAGCAGUAUGGUCUUCCAACUGCAUAAUUAGCUAGAACAAGCAGUAAGAGGGAAAGCAUAUUCAUCAGAGUUCAUUUUUUCUUCUUCCACAAAGACAAAAAGAAUCCACUUUCUUUGUCUGCAAGAUGAGUAAUAUUCUCCAUGCCUCAGAUGGCCGCAGCCAAAGGAGGUUGAAAGGCACAUCAUUUAAGAAAAAGCUCAUGUUAUUCACUUUUUUCAUGGCCAUUUCUCCUCACCCCAUCCCCCAAUUAGGAUGAUUAAAUAGAAACUCACCCUUGUGAUUAUGUUCUGAAAUUCUACAGUUCAUAAUUUUUAAAAUACAAAAAUAAAAACUAUGGCUUCAAAUCUGGCUGUAAAGCAAUAAUAUGGCAUAUGGAUAAUAAAAUCCAGACAUAGUAAUGUUUCAGUAAUAUUACAAUGUGUUCUUGCCAUUUUUUCUAUUACAUCAAGGAUACCCACAUUAUAGUAAAAGAAAAUUGGCAAUGUUAUUAUUUGUACAUUUCUGAAUUUUAAUAUUUUAUUUCAGUGAGAGUGUCAGUUUGUGAAGAUUGGCUUACCAAUUUCAGUAGGUAAAUUUCACAGGAAAAAAAAUAUGUAUGCUAUGGCUGCAUCAAUCUAUCCAGCAUGAGUUGGAUAUAUCUAACCUAAACAACUGUUCUCCCACUCCUGGUCAUGUUUUUCAAAAUUGAUUCCUUGAGGAUAUAUUCUGAAUUUAAAUUUGUUUAUGGAAACAUUUAAAAAACUUAGUUAUCAGAAACACAGGCUGGAAUCCAAUAAGCAUGUCCACAUAAGUUCUACCAAACUCAGUUGAACUUCUGUGUACAUCUGUAGAAUUACACUGCUACUGUAUGCUACCUGCGUCUUUCUUGUUGACAAUGUUAACAGACACUAAUAUUUCAUUCCCUGAACCAGGAUGCAUUAAUCUAAAUGCAAACCAAAACUGACUAUAAAUUUAGGAUUACAUUCACUUUCAAUCCUAGAUUUUAAUCUAGAUCUUGUAGAUGUACUAAAUUUCAGGCAAUUCUACACAUUGUAUAAAGCUCCCACAUUGGAAAUUCUAUUAAGAAAAUUGAUUUAUAUGGAUUGAACUCAGGCCUGAUUCAAAAUAUUUAAUGCCUGUCUAAUUGUACAGUCCUUAGUAGUAGUGGCAGGUUUUAUGUUUAAACAAGGCAUUCAAAGUUGUGUGUGUAAAGUGGUGGUAUGCCUCUAGUGUUGCUGUGGUUUAUAAUCGGCAGAACUGUUAGAGCAUGAAAUUCUAUUUUGGUUCAUUGGACUUGGCUGCUCUUCAAAACAAAUCUAUUCUUUAUAUCAACUUUUAAAAUUGGUAAUAGUUAAAAUAUGUAAAAUGUACAGUAAUGCUUACAAAAAUUCCUACCACUUUGUACUGUGAAUGAAGAACUGUAGUUUUCAAUUUGUGAAUGAUGUUGCAUUAAUGAAAUAAAGUUUUUGUUUCGUAUUUUCAGCUUCUCAGAUGAGAAUACAGUAUCUUUUCAAGUUAAAACUUUUAAUGUUUUCACAAAGUAUGAAAGUCAUAGAUAUGUAAAUUAAUGAACAGAAAAGAAACAGUUCCUGUCCAUUCAUACAUCGGCUGUUAAUGUUACCUGCUAAACAUGAUAUACAUAAAAGUUAAACAGACUGGCAUGCUAAUCAAAUGAACAUUUUAACUAAUAACAGUUUAAUAUAUACAAGUACAUACUUAAAACAGCGAUGUGAAGUUUGUAGAUAUGGCCCUCUAGUAAUACUCAGAAAUUCUGUGUGUAAUUUUCCAAGACCAAUCAUGAUUUACUCUUUAAAAUAGAGCAAACCCUGCUUGCUUUUCAGGAUUUUGCAGUAAAUACCUUAACAGGAUUGACCACUCCAGGUUGGAAACUGGUGGAAAGUGGUGUGUGUUCCUUUAUAUUGUUAAUGCAAUAUUUAGGAGUAAAAUUUCAGUAUUUUGAAAUGAGGUGGUAUAUUCCUAUUAACCUGAAAAUAAAACAAAAAUGAGCAUCUGAAUCUAUGCUUUAUGGAUCUCAAAAACAAUAACAUAGCCCUAUCCAAAAUAUUUUAAAGUAAAUGGAUUAAAAUUUCCAUAAGAUGUCACCAUUGCAUAAGAAUAGAGCAAGAUAUAGAAUGUAAUGUAGUAGAGAUUUGAAUAAUUCUAGAUAUACUUCAUUGGAUGUAGUUUCAUGACAUAUUUUAACAUCCAGACUUCAUUAAUGUAGUGCAUAAUCCAUCUAGGAACUUUGAACCCUAUGAAAAUGAAUGGAAAGUUACACUGAUUAAAGUUCUUAUGACUACAACUUCAAAUUUAUUUCAAAGUAGGCUCAUGUACAUUGUUUCAUUAAUACUCCAUGAAUUUAUUAAUGCAUGAAGUAUGUUUCAUAUAACUGUUUGCUAAGUAAAUGUAUAUGCAAGUUGCAUAAAAAGCAAUAGUUGAAAGAGAAUUUUUAAUGAACUGCAAUCCACAAA